AUGGAGAGAAUGAGAAAGAUUUCACGUCCAUUCGGGGCAAGAUCCGAGGCUCAGAAGCGCUUCGAGCAGGCAGUUCGCACUAGGGGAAGCACGCAAGUGGAAGCCGAGAAUCCAAUGGAGAGCCCUGGAGCUGCUUUCCUUGUAAGGCAGUAG